AGUGUAGUAGAAUUAGUAGAUCCAGACAGAUUAACAGAAAAUUUCUAUAUUCAUUUUAACUGAGUGUUGCUCAGUUGCUCUCUCCGAAUCUAUUCCAAAGACACGAUACGAAACUUGCAAUGCUAAGGUUUUAUUUCUAGAUUCACUCGAACAACCAGUCAGUUCUGUUUAAUUGUUUAAAUUAUACAUUGUUAUAUAAAUGGUAGCGCUCGCAUCGAUCGCUCAUUAGUAUAUCGAAAACGUUUGGCUUGCAUUGUGAAUAAAACAUCACCAACUGUGUGUAGUAUCCGUUUGCAAUAUGUUAAGUGGAUUAAAUUGUCACGCGAUUGGAUUGGUGAUUUCAUUCAGCUUAAUCAAAGGAAUUUAUUCGCAUCCAUCUACCACCAGUCAUACGAAUUCCGCCUUGCAAUCAUAUCCAUCUGUAUUGUAUGUUUGGACUGGUCAGGACGCUGCUGUAAAGAAUGCCAGUGACUUUGUUGCUGUAAUUGAUUUUAACGAAAAGUCUUUGACCUAUGGAUCCAUUCUUCGAGUAAUCCGUCUCGUUUCUGACCCUGCAAGGGGAAUUGGUCAAGCAAGUAAUGAACCACAUCAUUCCAGCAUCUCGUCCAAUGGCAAGUAUUACAUAACUGGAGGUUUGCUUAGCUUUCUAUCGAAACAGAAGGAAAUUUUUGUGUGGAAAAUUCCUCGUGAUAAAAAGGAUGGUCCGAUUUUUAAAUGUGCCAUUAAUGCGCCUGGUGCGUGCACAGACGAAUUUCAUCCGAUUGGUGAUUCUAAGUUUCUAGUUAGCAUGAUGUGCAAUGAAAGUGGAGAUAGUCCAGGUGAUAUGGCAAUUAUCGAUGGAGACACUUGCACGGCUAGGUCUAUGUUAAAGAAUGUGUCGACACUAAAAAACUUUAAUCCGCACGGCUUUGAUCGACUAAAUAAUGGUUCGAUUUUGGUCGCGGAUUACGUUGCUCCCAUUACUUUGACCAAUACGAAUCCUUCGCAAAUCGUAUUUCAAAGUACUUGUCGACACUUCUUUCCCGACGGAAGUCUCAAGCAAACAUUUAAAUUUGAGUAUCCAACUCAGCCCGGAAAGACAACUGGACUGGGACAUGGCAUCGGAUUCAUGGAAUUGAAAACCAUUCCGAAAGAUAAAUUUUCCCGUGGAUUUGCCUGUGGCACUAACACCAAUACAUUAUACCUUUUCGGGCCGGGCAUGCCAGAACCUUUGGCUGUUUAUGACGUGUCUGAAGUAAAUGGAUAUAUUAAACGUCCCAGUGCUGGAAUCGUAUCAAUUUUUCCGGAUGGUAAGCGCAUGAUCAUGACAUUCCAAAUGAGAUUUGUCAUAUUGGUGGACAUCACCCAACCAGAGCGACCAAAAUUUCUGCGAACGUUCGACUUUUGUACGGACAAAUCAAUUUCCAAAAUGCCGAUUCGCGUUCCCGGAACCAACGUCACCACCACGUUUCCCGAAUUUUGUGCAAAGAACCACAACAACACGGGCACACAUGUUGUAAUACGACCGAAUGGCGAGAAUCGUUUCAUUGUGUUUAAUUAUUUUCUAAAAUUUGGUCUAGCCCAAUUCGCAGGCACACGAUCGGUACAUGCAUUUAAGCUGAACAAAGAUCUGACGGACUUUACCUAUGACCAGCGAUUCAAUCCGAAUUGUGAAUUCCAUCAAAUCUGUUAUGACCAUCGUCAGACGUUCGAUUCGCUUCAAGGAUAUCCUCACCAUGCUCAGUAUUUGAGAUUAUGAAAGGUAAUCUAAUUGUAAAAGGAUGCUGCAAGAAUUGGCAAGAAUAGAUGAACGGCUCCAGCAUUUAUUCCGGCAAUCCAUAUUCAAAUGAAAUUUUUUUCAGUCAAUUUCCACCUUCAUCUCGCUAGGAGACCUGCAUGAUAUCCGCAAAAUAUGAAUUCAAUCCAACCAAAAUAAAGAAAUA